CAAGCUGGGCUGGGCUGCGCAGGGCCUGAGGAGGGGAAGCUCUGAGGAUGAUGCUGGGGACCCCAGGCCUGCUGGUCCAGGUCAGUCUUUCUAAGACAGGGAAGGGCAUGUGAUCUAUGUCCUAGUAGCAGUGAAGAAGCUAGGGACCCUAUCGAGGCCCGGAGGGAGAAGCAAGAGGUCUGCUUCCUGCAGCCAUGCUGAAACAGAGCGAAAGGAGGCGGUCUUGGGGCCACAGAACCUGGAAUACUACAGAGAGUGUAGACGAGUCCCAGGCAGCCGGCAGCCAACACCGCAGGAGCUUCUGCUCAGUGGGGGGCCGCUCAGGCUCCCAGGCCAGCAUCCCGCCGUGGACCGAGGGCAACUAUAACUACUACAUCGAGGAGGAUGAGGAUGGGGAGGAGGAGGAGCAGUGGAAAGAUGACCUGGCUGAGGGGGAGCAGCAGGCAGGGGAAGACACCACUGACCAAGCAGAAAGCCAUACUGACGCUCCAGUUGUGUCGUCGACGCUGAAUGUGAACGUGGGUGGCCACAGCUACCACCUGGACUACACCGAGGUGGCCUGCUACCCCAAGACGCGCCUGGGCCGCCUGGCCACCUCCACCAGCCGCAGCCGCCAGCUGGGCCUGUGUGACGAUUACGAGGCGCAGACAAAUGAAUACUUCUUUGACCGCGACCCGGAGGUUUUCCAGCUUAUCUACAACUUCUAUGCAUCCGGGGUGCUGCUGGUGCGGGACGAGCUGUGCCCGCGCAGCUUCCUGGAGGAACUGGGCUACUGGGGCGUGCGGCUCAAGUACACGCCGCGCUGCUGCCGCAUCUGCUUUGAGGAGCGGCGCGAUGAGCUGAGCGAGCAGCUUAAGAUUCAGCGCGAGCUGCGCUCCCAGGCACAGGCUGAGGAGGCCGAGGAGCUCUUCCAAGAUAUGCGCUUCUACGGGCCGCAGCGCCGCCGCCUCUGGAACCUCAUGGAGAAGCCAUUCUCGUCAGUGGCUGCCAAGGCCAUCGGGGUGGCCUCCAGCCUUUUCGUGCUCAUCUCCGUUGUAGCGCUGGCGCUCAACACGGUGGAGGAGAUGCAGCACCAAGCGGGGCAAGGCACGGGUGGUGGGGACCCGAGACCCUUCUUGGAGCAUGUGGAGAUGCUGUGCAUGGCCUUCUUCACACUCGAGUUUCUGCUGCGCCUAGCCUCCACUCCUGACUUGAGGCGCUUCGUGCGCAGCGCCCUCAACCUGGUGGACCUGGUGGCCAUCCUGCCGCUCUACCUGCAGCUGCUGCUGGAGUGCUUUACAGCCGAGGACCAGCUGCAUGGCAAGGGGUCGCCCCGGGAACAUGACCUGGAGACCAUGGGCCGCGUGGGCAAGGUGGGCCAGGUGCUGCGUGUCAUGCGCCUCAUGCGCAUCUUCCGCAUCCUCAAGCUGGCGCGCCACUCCACCGGCCUACGUGCCUUCGGCUUCACGCUGUGCCAGUGCUACCAGCAGGUGGGCUGCCUGCUGCUCUUCAUCACCAUGGGCAUCUUCACCUUCUCCGCAGCUGUCUACUCAGUGGAGCACGACGUGCGAGGCACCAACUUCACCAGCAUCCCCCAAGCCUGGUGGUGGGCCGCAGUGAGCAUCUCCACUGUGGGCUACGGAGACAUGUACCCAGAGACCCACCUGGGCAGGCUUUUUGCCUUCCUCUGCAUUGCUUUUGGGAUCAUCCUCAAUGGGAUGCCCAUUUCCAUCCUCUACAACAAAUUCUCCGAUUACUACAGCAAGCUCAAAGCCUACGAGUACACCGCCAUUCGAAGGGAAAGGGGUAAUGUGGAGUUUCUACAGAGAGCCAGAAAGAAGAUGGCUGAAUGCCUGGCCAGGAGCAAUCCACAGCCCGCCCCCAGGCAAAAUCAUUAAUAUUGCUUAGGGCCUGUGACUGGUGGAGGCUAUGUACUUCAAGGCUUUAUUCUUCCUUCCUUUUUUUAAAUUAUCAGGAUUGGCAGAGAAAGGACAUGUGAAGCAGAUAUACACAAGAGACAUUCAGUUCACCACGUUCUCCUAGAAAUGUUCAUUCUGGCUCAAACUCAGGAUGCUUCAUGUUACUCUUUAACUAAUGGUAUUGUGUAAGAGUUUGACCUUCCCCAGGACAUAGAUACUGAAAACCCGAGAGGAGUAACAGCUUAGACUUCUCUCAUAGCUGUGCCUGGCUCCUCAAUAAAUAUUUUUGGACUUGAAUUGACUUGAGAAGAAUUCCCAUGGUGGAAAGAAAAAAAAAAAAUUCUUAGUUGUCCAGAGAGAGGAAAUGUUGAGCUUUGGAGUCAGACUAACCUCUGUCAGAAGCCCAGAUCUACCAGCUGUUCGAUGUGGAGCAAGUUACUUUAACUGUCUGAGCCUCAGUUUCUUUAUAAUU